GUCUUGCGAUGGCGACUAAAAGAAAUUUGUAUCAUCCUGCUCCUAAAACCAAUGUUGGACAGAGGAAAGCACGGAAACCUUUAGUACAGGGUAGACUAGUUUCCGACAGUGUAUCCAGUAGUAACAACAAUGGAAGUCGUCUUGUUCAAGGCCAAUUAACAGAGGAUGUUAUGGAUCCAACCAUUAGCCCAAUGAAGUAUGUCCCAAAAGUUACAGAAAAUAUGUCACCACGGCCUGAACCACCUUCUAGGUGCCUAGAUUUAUCAGAUGCAGAUUUUGAGGGAAGUGAAACUUCUGAUGUUGAAGCUCCACAGUCCGUUAUAGUUUUUGAUGCAUCUCAUCUUGGCACCUCCCCAAACAGUGCAGAAGUUGAGGUGGUUGUUGGCUACGAGAACUCCCCCGCCAGAGUGGUCUGUCACACCCCAGGUAAACUUGAAAAAUCUUUUCGCUCUGAAGCUAACAGAGGCUACAGUUCUCCUCGGCAUCAGGAAAAUGUGAAGCAUUGGGCUGUAAAAGUUGACAAAGUCCACAAGAUUCAGUCUCCUGCUGGUUCUAGUCAGCGCAGUCUUUUCCAUAAUGAGAAGGAUAACCUUAACAAGAAGAGGAAGGAGCUGGGUCAGGGUGAUAGUGGGUUAAAAGAACGUUCGUCAGCAAAGAGCAGAGGCAUCAUAGAAGAAAUUCUAGUUGAAGAUCUGGGGCAAUCAGUUGAUGCUAUUUCUCUUAACAGUCACGCAGGUACCCCCUCACCCCCUCGUCACGCUGGUACCAACUCUGAUGUCAGUCACAUCAAGCCUUGGAGUGGCAAUGUUUUUACUUUAUCAGAAUCAGCACAGCCAUCCCCAGGUUAUAUCUCUCUCCCAUUUACGUCUGCUGGUGAAACCAAUCGAGAGAAGUUCAAUUCACCAUCACCAGCUGGCUCAGCAAAACUUGAGCACAAAGUUGCUUAUCCUCAGCCCCAGUUUGAUGAGGACUCAGACACCUCGGUAGACAAAUUGCCAGUCAAGGAGAAAACUUCUGCCCAAGCACAGCAAGAAAAUUCUGAAUCAGAAACCUGUUCACUGGAUGAAUACGUCACGCCAAGUAAAGGAAAAGCAAAACCAGCCGUUCAAGAUUCCGACAUAGUGAUUGUGUCUAACAGACAGAAUGCUAACGUAUCCUCUAAACAUAAAAAGAAAACCACAAGGAUUGUUCCCUCUCGCUACAUGCAGACCUCUAUGAAUAAAACAGUCAGUGCCACCGUUCUUUCUUCUAAAAGCACAGAUGGCCCUACACAGCCAGUUAUAAAACUGAAUCAAAGUGGCUCCAACAAAUUGACAAGAGCCAGGCAUAUUGGCUCUAAACCAGAUCUCAGAGCCUCUAAAUCUGGCUCUGGGAGGAGCCUGGCUUCAAAAAAUGUGAGAGGCACAGACAGCCCACGACUUGCAACGUCUCAGCUAGCCCGAGGUAACAAUCAACAUGAAACUCUAGUCAGCUUUGUUAGGAGCGAGAGCCCGCAGGUAAGCAACCAGGAACAGCUGGAUUGUAAAACAUCCACCCCCACCCAUGACCAGCUCUCUCACUUCCCUCACGAUAUUGAUGCAUCCGCCAUCCAGUCUCUAUCCACCAUGUCCAUCAACAUGAGCACCGUUGGGACAGCCCACCAGGAAGUCGAUCGUUAUGACAAUCGCAUUGAAUCCUUAAAGGCACCACAACCUAAACCAGUGUUAAAGAGCAUGAAAGCCAACAACGAAGGUAGCCAAACUCCAUCUCAACUUGAACUAGACCUUGAGUACACCCGCUAUCUGCAAUGGGCUUUCCUGAACAGCAAAGCCAAGAAGCUGUUUGAGGAGCAGGAGGCAGAUGCCAUAGCACAGCUCCACGGGCUGUGGAAGCUGGUGGAGUGUAAGCGUGAAGACAGCUCCGCCCAAGAGAUGGAUGUCACUCGGUUGAAGAGGGGAAAUUUAUUGGAUGAAAUCUUAGACAAGACGGAACAGGAAUUAACUGCUGUUAUGUCAGUGAUACCCCAGCUAGAGGAAGACUACAGCCGGCUGUGCUCGGCUUUAGACACGACACGCCAUCAGCUCCCGACCAAAGACAUUUACAUUUCACAAGACCAGGCAGAGCGAGAUCUGGACGAGGAGAGGCUUGAAAACGCCUUGCGUGAGUCGGAGCAACUUUUGGCAGAGCUCAGUGAAUUAACCGGCAACAAGGUUUUGCCACUGAGCCAGUAUUUGGAUAACAUUGAGGCCAUUGAUAAAAAUGUAGUGGUCACCACCAAGGAGAUCAGUGAGUGUCAGAAGGAACUGGACACUGUACAAGGCCUAGCCACGAGGCUGACCUCGCUGUAUGUCCAGGACAUGCAGACAAAGUAGGCAACCUUGUUGGAUGACAAAACUGAACAAAAAACUUUGAGAUUAAUUUUCCAUAUAAUUUUAGAUUAUUAGUGUAUAGUUCAGGUAAGUUAGCUCUUUUAAUCUAGUUAGAUCUAAGCAAUUAGGAUUUUUAACUUCUUUUUACACAUAGCUACUGCUGUAUCAGGGUUUUAAUAGCUGAGUCUUUAAAUUCCAAAUUGUUUGCACUUAAUACAAUCAUUUUUCUUGAUGGUGUUCUCAGGUUUUUAACUUACCUCAUGUGUAUCUGCUGUGUGCAGAUUUACUCUAUGAUGUUCAUUAUUUUUUGUUUGUAUCUUAUUUGAAGGUUUAUGUUUUUAAUGUUCUUUAAUAUUGUUAAAUCUCAAAUUUUGUAAUUUGAAAAAAGUUAAAUGCCACAGAGUUAUUGGAUUCAAAUUUUUCGACCAUUUGGCAUUGUAAUAAUUAGCAUCAACCAAGGUUGAGUGGUGGCAUAGCAGUGUUCUGCUCAUGCACCAUGUUUCAUAUUUGUCUUUGAUUGUUGGCAAGUGUCACAUACUGCUGGUAGUUGAGGUAGAUGUGGAUCAUUAGAUAAUUUUAAACAGGUUACUUUUCAGAUCAUUUUAUAUUUGACAUAACGGUGCUUAUUUUGUCAUUUAAGAUCUGACUACAUACUAACUUGCAUUCCAACUUUAGUCCAAACUAUUAUAUUAUUACAUCUUUGAAUUUAAAAAUAAAUUAUGAAUAGGAACGAAAUGUUUUUAUACAUUUUACUAUUUUACUACAAGAAUGUAAUAUUCCGUGAUGUAAGGUUUCCAUGUUUCUAAGGAAAUCAUACUUUUCCCUUUGAGGAAAAUGUUGAUGAGCAAAAUCAUAAAAAUAUCUUUAUUUCAAUUUUGAUGUACAGUAGGAUGUCCUUGAGGUGUAUAGUUUCCACCUGGAAAAACCUAAAAAUACCUUUAAUUUUUGUUAAAAUCUUGGCUAAGUAAGCCUGUUUGCCCCAUGGAAAACAUUUCUUAUUUUUAUUGUCAGUCAAAUCUCUGAGUACAUCAGCUUACGUGUAAACUUUCAUCUAUGUGUUGAGUUUGUAUUCAGCCAACUUGAUGAUAACGUGGGCCCCUCUGCACAAUUU